CUUUGCUGUCAUGGACAGAAGGUUGCCAUCUCAGGGAUUCUCAUAUCAUGGAAAUUUCGAGGGGCCCAGAUUUGGUGCUUCUAAUUCUAAUCAGCACAACACCUUCUAUCAAGGGGGCCCACCGUACCCGGGAACUUGCAAUGACUCGCUACAACCUGGAGCAGACUGUAUGCCCUCGCAAGUGGGGUUAAUGCAUGGAAUGAUGCAUCCCGCUCUCCCUCCUCACCACAGAAGGCAGCAACAUGAUUUCUCCCAUUAUGGUGGCCCCCAGACAAACGUGUCCCACCUCAGUGGUCGCUCCCAGCACCCGGGCGUGCCCCAGCAUCAGGGCUCCCAGCACCCGGGCAUGCCCCAGCAUCAGGGCUCCCAGCACCCGGGCAUGCCCCAGCAUCAGGGCUCCCAGCACCCGGGCAUGCCCCAGCAUCAGGGCUCCCAGCACCCGGGCAUGCCCCAGCAUCAGGGCUCCCAGCACCCGGGCAUGCCCCAGCAUCAGGGCUCCCAGCACCCGGGCAUGCCCCAGCAUCAGGGCUCCCAGCACCCGGGCAUGCCCCAGCAUCAAGGCUCCCAGCACCCAGGCAUGCCCCAGCACCCAGGCCCCCAGCUGGGAGGAGGUUUGAAGACUGACAUGUCCUUUCUUGGAGAAGCAGAGAAAAACUUUCCUCAGUUUCUAAGUUCUCAGAAGGUCAUUUCUGAAUAUGGCGGUGGCCAGUCAAGCAUAUCACAGCAUGAUAAUGUGCCACCUGGCAUGUCACAGACUCAGAGAGGUGCUUUUAACUACAUGCAACCUCCCCCUGAUGUUUUCCAGCAUAGGACUGCCCAGAUGCACACUCUUCCUAUUCAAAAUAGUAUGCAUGUUGGUGAACCAAAUACUAAUACAGAGUUUAAUCAGAUGCAUAGAAACCUUGCUAUUUCUUCAUUUACUCCAACUCAAAUGGACCCUCUACAAGGUGAUGGUACUGAUGUGCGCUAUGAUAGGCUACCAGUGCACCAAGUUAGCCCUCAAGUACCCUCUAGUAACAUGUUCAUGAAGGAAGACCACUUAGGUCUCCAAAGAAGACCUGACCUACAAAUUGAAAGUUUUGAUAUGAACCUGAAUCGGCAGAGUGCUAGCAUGAGAACAUUUCAGGAUAAUGGGCCAUCGGAUAAGGAUAUGUUUCAGCAUUGGCUGUCUUCAUUCCUAGCACAUCGAAGAAAUAAGCUGCCUCCAAAAUCAGAUUCUACAACGUCUUUGUCUAUAGGAGAGGCACGUGAGUUAAUAUAUGGAGCUUUGCGUCUUGUGUCACAGCUGAAGACCCUGUGUCAAUCUCUGGAGUGUAACACUGAAUCUGCAGAGACAUGGGCCCAGGAUUUCCCAAAGGCAGAAAAUAUCCGCUUGGAGCUAGAAAGGAGAAUGAAGGCAUUGGAGAAACCUGGGUGUAUUGAGGGUGUUCAAAGAAAACUGCAGCGGGCCAGAAAGAAGCGGCUACGCCAGCAACAGGGAAAACAAGAGACCGAGGAGGAUAAAGAGGCUGCUGAACGUGCUGCGGAGAACGAGGCGAGGAUUGAUCGCUGGAGGAUGCAGCGUAUCCAUGAAGUGGAAGAAAGGAAACGGGAGCGAGAGUUAAAAGCAACUGCUGACAGUGUGCUUUCUGAGGUGAGGAAAAAGCAAGCAGACACAAAGAAAAUGUUAGAUGUCCUGCGGUCCCUGGAGAAACUGAGGAAGCUAAGAAAGGAGGCAGCAGCAAGGAAAGGCGUCUUUCCACCAAGCUCUGCCGAUGAAACCUUCACAAACCAUAUUCAGAGGCUUCGUACCAUGGUGCAGAAGCGCACAGCUCUAUAUGAUGCAGAGGAGAGAGCUUUGAGGGUUAUAUUAGAGGGUGAACAAGAAGAAGAGAGACAAAGAGAAAAACAGAAGAGGCUGAAGAAGGAAAAAGAGAAGCAUCUCAAGCUGCAGCAAGAAGUGGACUGCAUGUUGUUUGGAGACCCAGACCCACUGCCCCCUUUGCACCCUCUUCAACCUUUCCGUCAGUAUUACUUGCAAGCGGAACAUUCAGUGGUGUCUCUCGUCCAGAUUCGGCACGGAUGGGAUCAGUUUCUUGUCCCCCCUGAGCACCCUGAGGCCAGCAGUAUUCCUCGAGGAUGGGUACUCCCCAAAUCUCCAUCCAGUGAUACCUGGGCAACAGCUGUGCAGCAGGCUGAAUGAAGACAGAGUUACAAUCCACGUCUGGUACUCAAGAGUACUGCAUAUUGCUUGUUUAGUGGAGAAAGGGGACACUCCUGAUCUGCAAACAGCCCCCAUGAUAUUAAGCCUUCAUAAGAAAGCUGGAACCUCAGUCUUGAAAACAUUGGCUUGGAUAGGUGCUUUCUGGCUAGCUGUGUCUUUCAUCCACCAUCUCUUAGACUGAAAGACGUGUUCUGUUGUGUAUUGACAAAAUUGCUUUAUACAAUUACUGUUUUGUGCCUUUAAUUUAUUCCGUAUUUGGAUUCUGUUGACCAUUUUUUAUAUAUGUACUCAGUGGACAAUAAAGUUAGCUGCUGGAUGUGUAUUUUUCUACACAAAAA